AGGGAACAACCUUGGCCACAAAACAUCAACUCAAACAAGCUAAAGAUGACGGAGUAGAAACUGAAACGACGCCAUGUUUGUCCUACACAGAAUGGCUUCAUCGUCGCGUCCUCUCUUCGGUUCAUCUCUCCGAUUACCAAUAAAGCCUUCUGUUUCAUCUUCUUCUAUACUCUUUAACCCAAUCUCCAAGCAAUUUUAUAACCGAAAGUCCCAAUCGAUUUAUCUUUUCAAGAAAUCCCAUUAUCGCUUCUCAUCGUCGCCGGCCGCCGUUGCCACCGAUCCUGGUACUGCCGUUGCCGCCGAGGAAAGUAACGCUUCGGAUGACGUUCCUAAGGAGGUGGAGAAAGUAGUCCUUCCUACUAAUGAAUCGUCCGAGACACUCCUCAGAAUUCGUCAUACAUGUGCUCAUGUCAUGGCUAUGGCUGUUCAAAAAGUAUUCCCAGAUGCCAAAGUAACAAUUGGUCCAUGGAUCGAACACGGAUUUUACUAUGAUUUUGAUAUCGAGUCUUUGACUGAUAAAGAUCUCAAGAAGAUUAAAAAGGAGAUGGAUCGUAUCAUUGGUCGAAACUUACCUCUAGUGAGAGAAGAAGUGACAAGAGACGAAGCCCACAAAAGAAUAACAUCCAUUAACGAACCUUACAAAUUGGAAAUCUUGGAAAGCAUCAAGGAAGAACCUAUCACCAUAUAUCACAUUGGUGAUGAAUGGUGGGACCUUUGUGCGGGCCCACAUGUUGAAACUACUGGAAAUAUCAACAGACGAGCUGUACAACUUGAAUCUGUAGCUGGUGCUUAUUGGAGAGGAGAUGUAAAUAAACCAAUGCUUCAAAGAAUCUAUGGAACUGCAUGGGAGAAUGAAGAACAAUUGAAAGCAUAUUUACACUUUAAAGAAGAAGCUAAACGUCGUGACCACAGACGCCUUGGUCAAGAUCUUGACCUCUUUUCCAUACAGGAUGAUGCGGGAGGAGGGUUAGUGUUUUGGCAUCCAAAAGGCGCGAUUGUGAGGCACAUAAUUGAAGAUUUAUGGAAAAAGAUUCACACACAACGUGGGUAUGAUCUUCUUUACACUCCACAUGUAGCAAAAGCAGAGCUUUGGAGCAUUAGUGGACAUCUAGACUUCUACAAAGAAAACAUGUAUGACCAAAUGAACAUUGAAGAAGAACUUUAUCAACUUCGACCCAUGAAUUGCCCUUACCAUAUUUUAAUCUACAAAAGAAAACCUCACUCAUAUCGCGAUUUCCCAAUUCGGGUCGCAGAGUUAGGAACCGUUUACAGAUACGAAUUAUCCGGUAGCUUACACGGGCUUUUUCGUGUCCGUGGCUUCACUCAGGAUGAUGCACAUAUCUUUUGUUUAGAGGAUCAAAUAAAAGAUGAAAUCAAGGGUGUGUUGGAUCUUACAGAGCAAAUGUUGCUUCAAUUUGGGUUUGACAAAUAUGAAGUCAACCUUUCGACUAGGCCUGAGAAAGCAGUAGGAGAUGAUGAGAUAUGGGUGAAAGCCACAGGUGCACUUAAGGAUGCUUUGACUGAUAAAGGGUGGGCUUAUGAGGUUGAUGAAGGUGGUGGUGCCUUUUAUGGCCCAAAGAUUGAUCUCAAGAUUGAAGAUGCUCUUGGUAGGAAGUGGCAAUGCUCCACCAUACAGGUUGACUUUAACUUGCCACAACGUUUUGACAUCACAUAUAUCGAUUCAAAUUCGGAGAGAAAGAGGCCGAUUAUGAUUCAUAGAGCAGUUCUUGGAUCUUUGGAGAGGUUUUUUGGAGUGCUUAUAGAACAUUAUGCUGGAGAUUUUCCAUUGUGGCUUUCUCCAAUUCAAGCUCGGAUUCUACCAGUCACUGAUACACAGCUUGAAUACUGCAAAGAUGUUGUGGAGAAGAUGAAAGGUUGUGGUAUACGGGUGGAGUUGUGCACGGGUGAGAGAUUACCGAAGCUUAUUAGAAAUGCGGAGAAGAUGAAGAUACCAUUAAUGGCUGUUGUGGGGCCCAAGGAGGUGGAGACAGGGUGUGUUACUGUUAGGUCUAGGUUUGGUGGGGAGCUUGGAACCAUGGAGGUUGAUGAUUUUAUUGGGAGGAUAAAGAAUGCUGUUGAGAAUCGAACAUUUGUUUGAUUAGUGAUUUUUGGUGUAAACACAAAAUGUAGAACAAUUAAUUAUACACGAAUAAUAACACAAUUAGUGUUUGAGAAA